CCAAAUAAAUCAGUUGUUAGUUUAACAAUAUUACAAAGAUUGAGUUAUAAUUAAAACAGAUUUGUUAGCAAUGGACAUUUUAGAAAAUGAUUGGAGUGAUGAUGAAGAUAUUGUGGAAUUUAUCAAUCAUGAAAGGCGACCUUAUAAAGUAAGCGAUCAACGACCGGACCAUUUCGAAAAGUGGGACGAUACGGACUUUGUUGUUAGAUUUCGAUUGACAAAAAAUACAGUGCUUUCAAUUUUGGAGUUGGUUGAUAAUCGAUUGGAAACCCCAACAGACAGAAAUCAUGCUAUAAGACCCAUAGAUCAAUUAUUACUAACUCUGCGGUUUUAUGCAACAGGUAGUUUUUUAAUAACGAUGGCUGAGUUUUAUGAUAUAAGUAGAAGUUCUGUUUCAAAUAUUAUAAAAAGAGUGAGCAACGCUAUUGCUAGUUUAUCACAUACAUUUAUCAAAAUGCCUGAAAAUCAGAAUGACCAGCAGCAAAUCCAGUUGCAAUUUUAUGAAAAAGCCUUACUUCCAAGGGUUAUCGGCUCUCUCGACUGUACACAUGUUAAAAUACAAUCUCCAGGGGGACCUAAUGCCGAGCUGUUCAGGAAUCGAAAAGGAUAUUUUUCAAUAAAUGUUCAAACUGUUGCUUCAGCCAAUCUGAAAAUAUUGGACAUAGUGGCAAGAUGGCCUGGAUCUUGCCAUGAUCAAACGAUAUUUGAUAAUUCUGCAAUAAAAAGGCGACUGGAAAAUAAUGAGUUUGGAAACAACACUCUGCUAGUGGCUGACAGUGGAUAUGGCAAUAAUAUGCACGUCAUUACACCGUUGAUUCGAACUAGAACUGAAGUUGAGGAAGUAUACAAUGAAGCAGUAACGAGAACUCGUAACCCUGUGGAAAGGCAGUAUGGUGUUUGGAAAAGAAGAUUUCCAAUUCUUUCUUUAGGGCUGAGGUUAAAGUUGGAAACUACUCUAGCUGUCAUUGUUGCAACAGCUGUACUACAUAACAUAGCUCUAAAUAACAAUGAAAAUGAACCGCCCAUGGAUCCGGAGCAAAAUUAUGAAGAUAUUAAUUUUGAUGAGGACUAUGUUCUAGAACCAAUAGACCGAGAAAAUGUGAGAAAUGCAAGAGACUUAUUAUUAGCUGAUUAUGUGCCAGGUUUAUUGUAG